GAAGAUGUGGCGUGACACGUGCCCUAUAUAUACACCCCAAAGGCCCGGAUGUCGGUCUUUUUUUCUAGCUAAAGAUGGCUGAGGGCGAUGAGAAGAAGGCAGCCCGUAAGCGGCACUGCAGCCGCAACCCUGUCUUGGCGAGGGGCAUCGGCCGCUACUCCCGCUCUGCCAUGUUUGCCCGGCGGGCCAUGUACAAGAGGAAGACCAAUGCGCCUAAAACUAAGAUUGAGAAGAAGCUGAAGGAGAGGCCUCCUACCACUAAGGUCAAAACUGUUGGAGGAGACAAGAACGGAGGCACCCCCCGUUACUACCCCACAGAGGAUGUUCCCCGUAAGCUGCACAGUCACGGCAUCAAGCCCUUCAGUCAACACAAGAGAAGGCUGCGCUCCUCCAUCACCCCUGGAACUGUGCUCAUCAUGCUCACUGGGCGGCACCGUGGCAAGCGAGUCAUCUUCCUCAAGCAGCUGUCUAGUGGUCUCCUCCUUGUCACUGGUCCUUUGAUUGUCAAUAGGGUUCCCUUGCGCAGAGCCCACCAGAAGUUCUGCAUCGCCACAUCCACCAAGUUGGACAUCUCCAGUGUGAAGAUCCCAAAGACCAUGACUGAUGCUUACUUCAAAAAGAAGCAGCUCAGGAAGCCCAAACACCAAGAGGGAGAGAUCUUUGAUACAGAGAAAGAGAAGUACCAGCUGACGGAGCAGAGGAAAGAGGCCCAGAAGGCUGUGGACUCUCAGCUCCUGCCUCUCAUUAAGAAGGUUCCUCAGCUGCAGGGGUACCUGCGCUCCCAGUUCUUCCUGUCCAAUGGAGUGUAUCCCCAUAAACUUGUUUUCUAAAGAAAUGCUAAUAAACUUAUCCAAACCCACUCA